AUGCCUGUGCACUGCAGCAUUCAAGAAAAAAUAGACUUAGAAAUUCGAAUGCGAGAAGGAAUAUGGAAACUCCUUUCUCUGAGCACUCAAAAGGACCAAGUGUUACUUGCAGUUAAGAACCUCAUGGUGUGCAAUUCCCGAAUAAUGGCUUAUACUUCGGAGCUCCGGAAAUUAGAAGAGAGGAUUGCCAAUCAAACUGGAAGAUGUGAUGUAAAUUUUGAAAAUAAACAACGAACACCAUGCAAAGGAAAAGUGGCCAUAUCAGACAUCCGAAUACCACUAAUGUGGAAAGACUCUGAUCACUUCAGCUAUAAAGAAGGAUCACCACGCUAUGCCAUUUUCUGUUUAUUCAAAAUGGGAGCUAAAGUUUUUGAUACUGACAUGAUUAUUGUGGAUAAAACAAUCACAGAUAUAUGUUUUGAAAACAUAACCAUAUUUGACGAAGCAGGACCAGACUUUCAGAUAAAGGUAGAAGUAUAUAGUUGCUGUGCAGAAGAAUCUUCUAUAAGCAAUACACCAAGAAAGCUAGCCAAGAAACUUAAGACAUCUAUAAGCAAAGCUACAGGAAAGAAAAUACAUUCCGUGUUUCAAGAGGAGAACCAUGAAACAAGUUUGUUCCUCAGUUCUACUGUUCCUGGUGCAAAGUAUAAUUUGCUAGCUCAUACUACCUUAACUUUGGAAAGUGCUGAAGAUAGCUUCAAGACCCAUAAUCUCUCUAUUAGCGGAAAUGAGGAAUCUUCCUAUUGGCUUCCCUUAUAUGGCAACAUGUGCUGCCGAUUAGUUGCCCAGCCUGCUUGUAUGGCUGAGGAUGCAUUUGCAGGAUUUCUUAACCAGCGGCAAAUAGUUGGUGACCUAACUAGUUGGAGGAGGCUGUAUUGUGUUUUGAGAGAGGGUAAACUCUUUUGUUAUUAUGGUCCAGAAGAAAUUGAAGCCAAAGUGGAGUCAACUUUGGUAGUCCCCAUUCAUAAGGAAACCAGAAUUCGAGCAAUGGAUAAAGAUGCCAAGAAAAGACUCCAUAGCUUCUCUGUCAUCAACCCUGUUGCUGGACAAUCUGUAACUCAUAUUUUUUCAGUUGAUAGUAAAGAAGAUCUUGAGAAGUGGAUGGAAGCCUUCUGGCAGCAUUUCUUUGAUCUUAGCCAAUGGAAGCAUUGUUGUGAAGAACUUAUGAAAAUUGAGAUUAUGUCACCACGGAAACCACCUUUGUUCUUGACAAAAGAGGCAACCUCAGUCUACCAUGAUAUGAGCAUUGAUUCACCAGUGAAACUUGAAAGUUUAACUGACAUAAUACAAAAGAAAAUUGAAGAAACAAAUGGACAGUUCCUUAUUGAUCAAAGUGAAGAACCCUCACCACCUCCUUGGGCUACAAUCUUUGAUGGUAAUCAUGAAAUGGUCAUCCACAAAAAGGUAUUGUCCCCUGAAAGUGAGCCAGCACAAGAUGGGAAAAGGAAAAAGAGACGAGCUCCUCUUCCUCCCUCUGAUAAGCCUCCAUUCAGCUUCAAAACACAGAGCAACACAGAUCCAUCCGUGAAGGACAACUGGGGAAAAACAAGUGUAUCUCGAGCCUCGCCUUUGGACACCAGACUUUCUAACCUUAUGCACCACUUACAGAAACCAGUCGCUUCUCCUCGAAAACUUCUUGCCAGGAAAAGUAGUUUAACUGAUGGUGAGCACACAGACACUAAAAACAAUUUUGAAACUAAGCCAGUACCAGCUCCAAGGCAGAAAUCCAUCAAAGACAUUUUGGACCCUCGAUCAUGGUUGCAAGCACAAGUAUAG